AUGCAAUUUAGUUAUAUCAGCACUGGCGGCGGCAUCUCGUCGCUGUCGCCUUCGUCGCGCGACGCGGUUGUAGACCCCAUCGCCGAGCUGCUCUCGCAGCUGUCGGGCGUGCGACGCGGUGCCGGCCAGCCCGGCACGCCCCAGCCAACUGCAGCAGCUUCAGAUGCAGCUGCAGCUCGAACGUCAGCAGGCGACCGUGAGUACUCUUGCCUGGACCGCGAGGCAGCAGCUGGAACGGCUGCCGCGGCGCGGCGGAGCGGCCGCUGGCGGCUCGGGCUCGGCGCCGCCUCCCAACCCGCCGCAGCCCGCCGCCAGCACAGCCACAACCGCCGCCCGAACACACCGAUUCGCAGUUUCUACUCUCCGGCUUCCUCGGCUUCCAGCGAUUCACAGGCGGGUCCCGAAGUAGAAAGUCGCGCAGCGUUACUACGGGGACUAGUGCUGGCGUCGCUGGGUCGCGCCGCGCCCGCCGACGUAGCCCCACCUACCGCGCCCGCGCCGCCCGCCCCGCCGGCGCCGCGCGAGGGCGCCCGCGCCCGCGCCGCCCCGCCGCACGUCUGCGCGUACAAGCCGCAGCCGCGCACCAAUGUACCGUGCCGCACCACGCCCAUGACACCACCCGCGCGCCCGUGUAUUCGCGGCCCGUACUCGCGACCCAUCCGUCAUGCUAACUCGCCCGGCGAGCGAACCUCCGUACGCCGCUCCCGACGGACCGACGAUCGAAAUCAAAUCACGAUCGGCAUCCGACGAGGGACUAAUCGAGUAGCGCCACUCCGGUGGCGGUACGCUGGCGGCGGCGCGACAGCUGCCGGAGGGCAGGUAGGAGCGGCGCGCGCGGCCCGCGCCGGCCGCCCGCCGGCGCCGGCAGGGGCCGGGGGCCGCGGCUGGGGCCGGCUAGGCCGGUCGCGCCGCCCCGAGCCUACCCAUGAAACUAUUCGAUGUUUACUCGUUAGAUGUUACGGUAGUCCCGCCGCGGCCGGCGCCGCGAGCGAACGCACUUAA